CCCAUACCUACCUACCUUCAUCAUACGUUUCCAACUCACAACUCACCCAGGAUGUGGAGGUGAACAUCUCCUGAGCACCUCGCUCUCAAUCAAUCAUGUCAUCACAAACCUAGGUAGCUUUGAAUGUCAUCAUGCUGUCAAUUAAUUCGGCCAUCGAGAGUCCCGGUUGCCGUGUCCGUGUCCUGCUUCAGCGCGCCCCUAGGGGAACGCCCUCGAGUACUCUGACUCUCCGGCUUCGUCGAUGUUACCACCAUCCAAGGCUCUGUCGUCCGCCCACCGCUUGUUCUUCACCACUACAUGUCCCGCAAAGCGUCUGCUCUUCUGCUAGUUUGUACCCCAGCUUCAAUCGUCCCCAGGGCUUUCGCCUAGCCACGACGAGUGUCUUGCCCCCGCUUUCGUCCCUCUCACACGAGGCUGUCGUCCAUGUCCAAUCCCUCCUGGUCGCGCGCUCGAAUACCAACGUUUUGCAUAACGCCGACCACCCCAAUCGCUCGAAUGUCUUCGAUGUGGAUGCUGGCGAUGGCCAAAUACCGAUGCCAACUCCAACUUCAGCUCCCUACGAGUCCAGCACCCAGUCUGCGGACCCGUUUCGAGAGGUUCUAAUAUCGAUACGCGAGGGAGACACUCGUAAGGCCCUGUCCCAAUUACAUGUGAUAGAAGAGAUGAGCCGAGAGGAGAUUCGAGAUGCUGUCGCGGCUCUUCCCCGAACCACUUUCACAGAGUUCUUUAUGGCCCUUGACCCUCUGCGUGUUGCUCGCGACUGUGAUUCGCUAGGCAACUACCACAUUUCGGUAGGCAUGUACCAACUGCUGAACAUGACAUCAAUCCUCGAUGAUUACGGUGUGCGGAAGCUCUAUACGAACCUUUUGCAGCGCUUUCUAAUACUCAUGAGUGCCCUCAAAGCUGCUGGCCACACUCUACACCUGAAGGAGUACAUCGCAAUAAUUCGCUGUGCUGGCGCCGCUUCCGACCUCUCCGGUGCUGGUCAUCUUUGGAGAGAUCUGAGCGCCACGCCUCUCUUGAAAUGGCGGCAUAGCGAGCUUUAUAACGAAUUCAUGAAGGCACGAUUCCUAACUAAGCCCCUAUACACGAGCUAUAGGAAAACUAUGAGGAUGGUCACGCCGCGAAACUUGCAUCGAUCUCGUCUGCUGCUGAGCUCACGUACUAUUCAAUAUUUAGACGUCUUGCAGAACCGCCUAAGAAUGAGAAGACUCCGAUUCGACCUAGACAAAGAUUCAGAUGUUGUAAGUGAGCUGAUGAGAAAGAUCCGACUACCCGGCCCAGCAACUAGGCUCUUUUGGACUAUCAUAGGGUAUCAUAGCUUUCGUAUAGAUGAGUCUCUCCUGUGUACUAUCAUGAUCGCUCUUGGUCGAGCCGGUUCCUUACGACAAAUCGGUACUUUAAUCCUAGAAACCUAUUUUAAUAUCAGAAACCCGCAUCCGUUCCCUGCAACCCACGAGAGCCAGAUACGGAAUUAUUAUCUUAGCUCGGAUCCUCCUCGCAUUCGACCUACAGUCCGUCUCAUGCGAGCCGUUGUGGAGACGUAUGGCUCAAACUGUGAGAUUAGUGUUGCUAUCCAGCUAGUUGAACACCUAGCAAACGCCUACAACAUCCCUAUUCCUCAUGAUGUCUGGCACGAUUUACUGGAGUGGACCCACAUCAUGAGCACACCGCCGGCUUCUACAUCUUGGAGAAUGACCCCCCUGCGACAUAAGGUUCCAGGUCCUCAGGCUGUGGAAAUGAUCUGGAAUGUCAUGACCUCUCCCCCCUAUAACCAUGCCCCCACCUUUGCGGACUAUGACAUACUUAUCCGGAGUCUGAUCGGCCGGCGCGUUGCCCUAGAACUGGUUCUAGCGCACAUGAGGGACGCCAUUCCGCUAUACGAUGAGCAAUGUCGGGAAUAUGAGGCAGCCGUACUCGAACAUACGCUAUAUCUACGCAUCGGAACUCUACCAAGCACAACAAUCGAUCGGUUUGAGCGAGCGCGAUACAAGAAGCAGAUGAUGUGGUUUAAAAUUAGCACCUGGUGUCGCAUGUUACUUAAACGGCUCCCAACUUCCUCGAGGAGUCCUAUUCCUAAUCCGCUUGCUCCUCGUUUCAUUGAAGAAUUUGAACAUUUUCUCUAUAAUAAUAUCAAAUAUCGAACGCCGACGGGCCACGUCACGCUGUUUGAUCCUUCUUUAGAGACCUUCCGGCUCAUAGUGACUGGCCAAAUCAAACAGACAAUGCCGAUGAAAAACAGGCAAGGGAAAUGGAUCCGCAAGAAAAUCCUUACAGACCAGUUAGAAAUCGUGUCAAGCCAUUCACUCGCCAACUUCGAGGCACCAAAGCUUCGUAACCCCUUAGAGGUCAUCGCCCCGCACAAAAGUUCGUUUGUCCCUCCCAUCUUACCUCCCGAUUCACCGAGCCUUCAGUAGACGAAUUCGUUGAAUCACCGACGUCGAGAACGGGUCCAAGAAACAAACCAUAUGAAAAGUUGCAAUUUGCCGGGCUACAAGGCUACCUUGUUACAGCUGAGUCGUCUGUAAUCUCUUGGUUCUGGUAUCGAUGAAUAAUGCAGUGAAAAUCCGAUUAGUAGUACGAAUAAUAGAAUUGAGAGCAUCGUUGAACGCGCAUUGCGCCCAUUAGUACUCUAGUGGGGUAUGAUGCUCGAGCGUCAUAUCAACCUUUUAAGCCUCUGUUGCUUAGUAUAGAUGAGCUGGUCCUCCUGCCGGAUGGUUUAUAUUCUAUGCAUAAUGAGAUCACGAUAUGUAGGAUAUUAAUUACCGGAUAUUUCAAGUCUGAUAAACGAUCUAUCAGCUAUGUUAUGAAAUUAAAACCUACUCGUUUUUUUUUAUAUACGACAUGUGGGUGGUAUCGCGGCGUUUAGCUAUUACUUAUGCACUUUACAUGACUACGGGCAGAGGUGUCCGCGAGCAUGAG